GUGCAUUGUUUGGUUGACAAUGCCAUAACGUCACGACUGAGUUUGUUUAGUGUCAUGGCGAUAGAUCGUACAUGGCAUAUUUUGUGGACACUGACAGGCAAGAUUAUUGGUAUGUAAAGAGGGUAUCAGAACAACAAUGGCGGGGGGCAUGGAAGAGCGAGCAUACAAAGUGUUAACAGGGACGUUUUCUGCGGCAGAGAAGCCAAAGAUUCCUGCUGAAAUUGUUCGUGUAUAUCUGGCUUCAAAUGGCACAGAUUCAGUAACGGAGAGAACAUCUUUUAUUCAGAAUGUGUACCCUCGACUUAGGGAAUAUUGUCGUCGACAGUAUGGGGUGGAAUUUCAGGUUGUUGAUCUAGAAUGGGGUUUACCACCAUACCAAUCUUUAACUGAUGAUUUUAAACAGCGAGAAAUAAUCAAAUGUCAAACUAUGUCUUCCGCUACAACGCUAAUAGUAUUUAUAGGACAGAAAUAUGGUAACCGAGUAUUACCUACUUCUAUACCAGCUGAUGAAUUUGAGAAGAUUAAGUACGCAUUGUUACAUAAUAAAAGACGUGAAACAAGAAGAGCCUUUCUUCUUGAUAUUUGGUUCAUCAAAGAUGAGAAUAACAUCCCCGCUGUGUAUAUCCCUACAAAGGUUAAACUUGAUGAUAUAAAGAACAGCAUUCAGUCUCAGAAUAAUUUCACAAAAGAUUCAUACUGCCCGGAAACCAUGGAAGAAAUAGAAGAUGAAAUAUUACGACAACUAGAAAGGGGCACCAAAUUAGUUUAUGAAGAUGGCUGUUCAAGGAAAGAUAACUCACAGUGCUAUCGGUUGUCAGAUCUUGAGAAAAAUCUUCAGAUUGGUUUGGACUUUUGUGAUAACCUUAAUGAUAAAUGUAUCUUGAUAUUAAGAAAGAUCAUUGAUUUACAUAACUAUGUUGAAGAUAACCAAACCCCAGAAUUCAUUGAAUUACAGUUUGAUGAAAUUGAAGAAGAGUUGAAACCCAAUGAGGAAUCUCAAAUUCGCCUAGAAAUGAUGAAGUCCAAAGUGAUGGGUUUAAUCGGAAAAGACAACACCCUUUCGUAUAACGUUUUAUGGCGUUACAACGAUGUUAUUAACGCUGAGCUUCACACUGAAUACUUAAACACUCUAUGUGAUGAACUGUAUGGAAGAUUAAAAGUUCAGAUAGACACCUUGUUACCACCAGCAACAAAGAGUUUUCUACCGACAGACGAACUAGCAGUAGAAGUAUCCAAACACUGGACUCGCUGUUUUGAUGUAGCUGGUCGAUUUUAUGGUGGAGAAGAUGUUCUCAACAAAGUUUAUGAUUACCUUAGAACAGAUUCUAGUUGUCUUUUUAUACUACAUGGCCCGUCUGGUUCAGGCAAAACAAAAUUCUUAUCCAAGAUUGCCACGGAUACAUAUGGUCUCCUGGGAGGUAACACAAUUACUAUUAUUCGUUUUAUUGGCUAUACCGUUGUCAGUUCUACCGCACGCCAGUUACUAUACGGGAUAUGUUGUCAAAUAUAUGUUGCCCUUGGAUUAGACACCGGUACCAUACCAGUAGAUCUUAACCAUUUACAGCGGUUCAUGCAUCAUUUACUAAAUAAUAUACCACAACAAUAUACCUUGGUUAUUUACCUGGAUUCUAUUGACCAGUUACAUUCAGAGGCUGAUGAUAGAUAUGCCUGGAUUCCAGAUAAACUGCCACUAAACGUAAAGCUCAUUGUGUCCUGUUACUCGGAAUAUAAUCCUUUAACUACCAGAUUGUUCAAACUAGCUGCAGAUGCAGAUAAUUUUAUACAGAUGACGGAUUUCAAGCCGGACGACUGCGCUGUUCUUCUUUUUCAUUUUCUCAAUCGAGUUAAGCGAACUAUUACAGAUAAACAGUUGCUAGCCGUGAAACAUGUGUUUGAAAAAUGCUCGUCGCCAAUAUUUGUGAAACUACUAGCGCAUGAGUUAAAAUCGUUUAAAUCCUUUACUGAAGUUGAUCAACUAAAUUUGCCCACAAACAUUGAAGAGGCACUGAAAAGACUUUUAACCAAUCUUGAAAAUCUGCAUGGGCGUGUUUUUGUGGGAAAAUGCUUGGGUUAUUUAGUGUCAUCCAAUACCGGACUGAGUGAUUCUGAAAUGGAAGAUAUUUUGUCAUUAGAUGAAGAGGUUUUAGAUGAUGUAUAUCGAGAUUACCAACCACCAAUAAGACGGAUAUCACCGGCCAAAUGGUUGUAUUUAAAAGAUAAUAUAGAAGGUUUUUUAUAUAGUUAUGAUACGGAUGGUGUAACUGUUAAUAUGGUAAAACACGCCUGUUUCAUCGAGCUUAUUAAACGAAAAUACCUUUAUAAUAUUGAUAUUAUACAGAAACAACAUUCGGUUUUAGCUGAUUUCUUUCUGGGAAGUUGGUCUGGUAUUGCUAAACCUGUUAAUUCGUUAACAGCAUCAGAGCGAUAUGUCAUAGCUCAACCACUUACAUUCGAUUAUAGUGGUCUCGUUCGCUUUAACAAGAGGAAGUACGAUCAGCUGCCGAGACAUUUAAAUCGAAGCGGUCGUCUGGAUGAACUCAAUCGACUCAUUUUCUUUAAUUACCAGUGGCUCUACAACAAAAUAAAAUCUCUAUCAUUGGAACAUAUUAUAGAAGACUUUGUCCUGAAUCCUAGCCAAGAAGCUUCGCUUGUAAAGGAAGCAUUAAAGCAGUCCCAAUCAACAAUAAAAGAUGAUAUAGACAAUUUAGGUCCAGAAUUAAUCGGUCGUCUACUACCAUAUUAUUGGGAUAGCGUGCACAUCCGAAGAUUAAUAGAACAAUGUAAAAUGGAUGGGUGUCGCAACUGUGCCUUCAUACCAAACAUUCCCUAUACGCGUACGGCGGGAUCGGCAUUAAAAUCCACUAUUACAUGCCCAGUGGUACCAGAAUAUUUUGCCUUUGUUGAUUCGGAUAAGUAUCUAAUAUGUAAAGCACGUGAAGAUUCUAACGUGUACAUAUAUAAUGUAUCGACUGGUAAAUGUAAGGACAAUAUCUUUGCUUCUAAUGGUGAUCUGUAUACAACACCUAAUGGACAACUACUUAUAAUAGUUGAUCAUAUUACAGAAGCUGUCAUCAAGGUUCAUGAUACGAAGACCGGGACAUUUAUAGGCCAAAUUAUUCCACAAUUAUAUAUAGACAAUACGGCUGGUGAGAGUUACAGUUUGGGACCUGUUAGUUUAUCGAACGAUACAUUAUGUGUCAUCGCUAUGGGUGCAGACUGCUCCUAUUUAUGUAUUGCUGACCUCGUGGAAUGCCAGGUAGUGAAGAUGAUAUGGCUGGAUGGGAAGGCGACAUUUUGUCACAUAAAACCAGAUUAUCGUCAGGUGUUUUGUAACUGUAGUGAUACCUUGCUUGGAUAUGAUUUGAUUACUUAUUUUCAGACCUGUAAUAUUCAGUUGGAAUUCAAUCCAAAGAUCAUGGUGUUCUCACACGAUGCAUCAUUGGUUUACGUGGGUAGUACCGAGUCAACCACUGUCGUAUGCAUCAAGCUAUCUAAUUUCACCGUGGACUUACUGUUUAAACUGAAUGUACGACACGAACUAAAUAAUCAUCCUAUACAAGACAUCUGUGUGGCUAGAGAUAAUUUGAAAGUGCUUGUAAGGGGUAAAUAUGACAUAUUGGUUUAUGAUGAACAUUUGAUGACAUUAUACUCACAGAUUAAACGACCAAGCGAUAUACCGGAGGAAUUCAAACUACCAAAAAGUCAUUUCCAGGAAUUGGUAUUCACUGAUGCCCAGUUUAGCAGUGAUAGUAGCUGCGUCUUGGCAGUUAUCUUUAGAGCGGUGUAUAUAUGGCGAUUAGAAGGAGAAAUGGUAACAACGGUACAAGCACCAGUUGGUAUGAUAACUUCAUUAUUGGUAGCCAAACAUUCCCAGAAGUUUGUUACACAUACAGAUGGCUCUGCUGAAAUACAGGUAUGGAGCAUUUCCAAUACAACUGUUAACAAAACCAGUACUGAAAAGCUUACAGGAAAAGUGAAGAAAAUUGUCGUGGAUAAAUUCGGCGAAAUUGCAUACGUUCAAUGUGAUAACAGUGAUGAGAUAGGUAUUAUUAAUAUGAAAUCAGGACUAUUGAUAGGAAUGUUAACCCACACAAGGAACGUGGUGGACUUUAUGAUCACCCCAACUGGCAAAUAUUUACUAGUUACAAUAAACCCAAGAUUAAGCAACUCGGCUGUUAAUAUAUGGGAUACCGAGAAACGUAAAGUCAUAAAGGAAUUUGGAAAUGCUGUAGUUAAAUGUGUUCCGUGUCAUGAAAGGGAACAGUUAUAUUAUAUGUGCCAAAAUGAGAUUUCAUAUGAAGCUCCGUAUUUCUUACAUUCUAUCAGCUUUGAAAACAGUAAGACACUCCAAAUUAAACACUCCGCACCGUUAAAGUAUAUUUUAGACGAUCCGUUCAUUACAUCCAAUGAUUGUUUCCUGGUAGUGCUGACUGCUGAUGGCUACCAAGAGAAAUCUGGACAAUAUGCAAAUUUAGAAAUGUGCGUUUUUGAUCUUCAAUCCAACUUAGCCUUACAGCGGUAUACCCCCGAUACAAUAUCUUCACCAACUAUUAUCCAGACUCUGAUUGCUCUACGGCCAUAUAAAGCUUCAGAAAACACAGUUGCUAUAAUCUACAAGAGUGGGGAGUCAAAGAUUGAUGACACUGAUAAUGAUGGUGAUGGUUCAGCAACAGGUCUCUGUUUGUUCCACCUGAACAACCAACUCAUAACCAAAGUGUUCCAUCCUUUACCACAUGCUGUUAGUAGAGAGAUGGUUGCCAGUUACAUCUUUUCCAACGACUUUACCUUCUGUCUGACAGAUAAAGGAACAUUAGUUCAUCUGGAAGCUAGAAAGGAAACCAAUUUAAGAUUUACAGUACCAUGUAUUCUGUGUGUAAAUGAUACGGUUGUUGUCUAUUGUAAUGAUUCGAUAUUAUACGCUAUCAGACUAACAGAUAAAACACGGCUGGGAAAAUGUAAAGUUCAUUCUACCAUAUGUUAUCUGAAACAAUGUCCAGAUGAUAGUGUGAUAUUGGUAGGGUGUACAGAUGGUGCGGUAUUAUCAUAUACAUUAAGUAAUGAAGGUAUAGGGGAUACAGGUAUAAGCUGGGGCAAUGAUAAAGAAGAGAGCGGAAGGAAAUCUAUCACCUGGGAUAAACUUCAUUCAGAGGAUGAUAUCAUAUGUUCCCGUCCACCAACAGUUACUUGCCAUGGUCCACAAGACAAAACGAAUCUCGACCAAAUAAAACCCCUGCCCCAAAUGCUCAGACCUGUUUCAGCAUGUUCAACACACUCAGUUAUCAAUUCUAAAACAUGCGUGUUAAUGUAAGAUAACCAAUAUGGACUAGUUAUCCAUGGAUGUAUUUAUAGUUUUAAUGUGAGAUAACAAGUAUCGAUUAGUUAUCCAUCGAUGUAUUUAUACUUUUAAUGGAGAUAACAAGUAUCAACUAGUCAUUGAUGGAUAGUUUUAUAGUUUUAAUGUGAGAUAACAAGUAUCGACUAGGUAUCCAUGGAUAGUUUUAUAGUUUUAAUGUAAGAUAAUCAAUAUCGACUAGGUAUCAAUGGAUGUAUUUAUAGUGUUAAUGUGAGAUAACAAGUAUCAACUAGUUAUUGAUGGAUAGUUUUAUAGUUUUAAUGUGAGAUAACAAGUAUCGACUAGUUAUCCAUCGAUGUAGUUAUAGUUUUAUAAUAUAAUAUAUUAUAUCAUGUAGGCCUAUGGAAUUUGGCCUGUAUUCCCUUUGUAGACAGAUCCAGCUUUAUGGCGAAUUUGUCUUUUAGCUUAAUUUUGAAAAGUGCGUUCAAAUUAAACUUCUUGUUAUAGUACCGCGUCGGUCCAUUAUCAGAUAACACAAUUUGUGUACAGAGACAUACCAAUCUGUUACCUUUUGAAAAUUAGGACUAAUUGUUUUAGGAAUCGUUAUUUUCUAAUAAAUAUGCUUGUAGAUCUCAUAAUAAUUUUGUAUAUUCCAUUUAAAACGCAAGAAGUUGGAGAUUCCAAGUGAAUCCUAGGUAUAGCAAUUAGAAUUUAUAUUAUAGUUCAGAGGAUAGAACUUUUGAGAUAAACAUUUUCUGGAAAUCUUUGUGAUAAACAUUCUCUGAACUAUUGAGAUAAACACUUUCUGGAACUUUUGAGAUAAACAUUCAUUAUAUGGAACUUUUGAGAUAAACACUCAUUCUAUGGAACUUUUUAGAUAAACUCUUUCUGGAACUUUUGAGAUAAACAUUCUCUGGAACUUUUGAGAUAAACUAUUAUUGACAUU